AUGUUGCAUCUCAUUGCACAUUUCCUCAUCUUCGCCCUGGCAGCGGCAGAGAGCGGCAUUGAUGGAUGGCUGCGGUACGCAAAACUGCCUCGCAAUGCCGUCAAUGGUUUCCAGCCUCCAGCACGCAUUGUGGUCCUGAACCAAACACAGACAAGCCCCGUUUUCUCUGCAGGGACGGAGCUUCAACGUGGUCUUGAUGGAAUCUUUGAUUCUAAUACAACCAUCAGCUACAAUGGUUGCGACACCGGGCCAAAGUCGAUUGUUGUUGGCACUGUGGAUGCAUACACUCACGCCUGCGAUCACAACCCCAACCCAAAUCUCCAUUCUCAAUUCCAGCUAGAGGAAGAUGGCUUCUUUCUGAAUAUCACCGAAGACACUGUACAAAUCCUGGGACAGAACGAGAAGGGAGCUCUAUAUGGUACAUUUGAGUACCUGUCCAUGCUUGCUCAGGGCAACUUCUCCGCCGUGGCCUAUGCUUCCAACCCUAGUGCGCCGCUCCGAUGGACGAACGAGUGGGACAACAUGGAUGGGACGAUCGAACGUGGAUACGGAGGUCUCUCCAUCUUCUUUGACAACAACACAGUCCGCGAAGACUUGACCCGUGUCGCGCAGUAUGCUCGCCUUCUGGCCUCGGUCAGGAUUAAUGGUGUCAUUUUGACCAAUGUCAAUGCCAAUCCAAUCACUCUCUCGCCCGAUAAUAUCAAGGGACUUGGCAGAAUAGCCGACCAGAUGAGACCAUACGGGGUGCAAAUCGGAAUUGCCGUCAACUUUGCAUCGCCCAAGGACUUUGGCGGCCUUCCCACGUACGAUCCACUCGAUAAAAGGGUCAUCUCAUGGUGGCAGAAUAUCACAGACACCAUCUAUGAUGAAAUCUCCGACUUCGGAGGCUACCUUCUCAAGGCAAGUUCUGAAGGACAACCAGGACCCCAUACCUACAACCGAACCCUCGCCGACGGCGCCAACGUCCUAGCCCACGUUCUCAAACCGCAUGGCGGUAUCAUAUUCUUCCGAACGUUCGUCUACGAGAUGCUCGACAUUGCAGAUUGGAAUGCUGAUCGGGCCUCGGAAGCGUACGAGGCCUUCCAGGGCCUUGACGGACAGUUCCGUGAUAACGUCAUUCUCCAAAUAAAGUAUGGGCCCCUCGACUUUCAGGGCCGCGAGCCUCCUCAUCCCCUCUUUGGAUACUUUCGGCAGUCCAAUGUUGCUAUUGAGCUGCAGAUCGCUCAGGAGUAUCUCGGGCAGCAGACUCAUACGGUCUACCUCCCUCCACUCUGGAAGACGAUACUAGACGCGGAUUUGCGCGUUGAUGGGGAGACGUCUUAUGUUCGGGACAUCGUCUCCGGCGAUCGUUUCCAACGCCAUUUGGGAGGCUACUGCGGAGUCGCCAACGUUGGCCUUGAUUACACCUGGACAGGUAGCCACCUCUCCAUGUCAAACCUCUACGCCUUCGGUCGUAUGGCGUGGGAUCCAACAGAGGACCCCGAUCAAAUCAUCCAGACCUGGAGUCGCUUGACAUUCGGCCUCAACCGCGACGUCACCAACGUCGUCCGCUACAUCGCACAUACAUCCUGGCCCGCAUACCAAAACUACACGAGCAGCGACAUCGGUCUUCCCUCCCUCACAGACGUAACCAACACGCACUUCGGCCCGAAUGUCCGCGCCGGCGAUGAUAACAAGUACGGGAUCUGGACGCGGUCCGAUGCAUUCUCGAUUGGUAUGGACCGGACGGUCCGGAAUGGCUCUGGAUACGCCGGGCAGUAUCCGCCCGAAUACGGUGCGCGGUUCGAGGAGAUGGACACGACACCUGUUGAAUUUCUGCUCUGGUACCACCACGUCAAUUACACGCACGAGCUGCCCUCGGGCGAUACGGUGAUUCAGCAUCUAUAUAACGCUCACUACAGCGUCGCAGACACCGCGCAGACCUUCCCAGCCCGAUGGAAGAAGUUAGACGGGAAGCUUGAUCGCCAGCAGUACAAGGAGGUCCUCACGCAACUGACCUUUCAGGCUGGGCACGCGAUCGUCUGGAGAGACUCGAUCGUAGACUACUACCAUAAUCUCACGGGGAUACCUGAUGAGUUGGGCCGUGCCGGACAUCACCCGCUGCGUCUCGAGGCCGAGGACAUGGAGCUGAGUGGGUACAGGAUCAUCGAGCUGGAUCCCGUCGAGUCGGCCUCGGGAGGAUUCGCCGUGGCGGCUUUGGACAAUAAUACUCUUGCCACAGCAGAGGUGAAGCUCCAUCGCGUCUCAAGCGGGGUGUGGGAUAUCAUCGUGGUGUAUUUCGAUGUUAUUAAGGGCAUAGCGGAGUGGGAGCUUUACCUCAAUGACAGAUCGCUGGGAACGUGGCUUGGGAAUAACGAGUAUGUUUUCUCGCAUGCUGGAACGGAUGCACCGGAUGGUGGUUCCAAGACGCGGAUUACAUUUGAGAAGGUGAGAAUCCGCACAGGGGAUACUUUGAGGGUUGAGUGUGUAUCGGAUGGGCUGGAUGCUGCGGUGCUGGAUUAUGUUGCGAUUGUACCCGUUGGAACCACUGAUUGA